CUGCUCGAAAACAGAAAACCAGAUAAAUGAUUUAUAAACUAAUAAACAUUUGUUUUUUGGUGUUCUGAUAUACCUACGUGUAGUUUUUUUUAUUCCAUUUUAAUUUUUACGAUGCAGAAUUUAUAAUUGCAUGAUGGUUACAGGGUAGCUAGCGUCUCUGCAGAACUGUGAAGCCAUUGGAUAUUUUGUCAUUUGGAUUUAAACUGCUUUUUGUUAAUUUAUAUCUCGCUUCGGAGCGUUUGUCUGGGAAGCCCUGAGCGCCCCCGAAUUGUGCCAGCUGGAUUGGGAUCGAUGAAGUAGGAAUUGUCGAUAUGAUGUCUGCCAAACGGCAUUCUCUGACGGAGACGAACGCGCCCGACAGCAGUCCCUCGCGAUCACGCAAGCGCCACGGUUCCCGCGACAGCUCCGCCGAACGCGAACGCGACGACGAUGACGACCACGACGAGCACGCCGCGCAUGCUAAACACCACAAAAAGGAACACCGUCCUUCCUCCCGCAAAGAGGCAUCGCCCGAUAAGGAAGCACAGCAGAUACCCGUCAGCGACAAGGAGAAACAAUUGGUUGACUGGGUGUCAUCGCGUCUGGAAGAGCAUGCUUGGUAUUCCACAGUCAAAGAUGCAUUUAAAAAUAAACUAGCCACUUAUCAGAGCGGGCAGCUGCUGCGACCGGAUCGAGUGGCGAAGGAUCUCAUCGAAGAAAUUGGGAACGGUCUCCGUUCUUCGGUUCCGGAUAAAAUCAAAAAAGACUUGUUGGAUGCGGUGAAGGAUUAUCUGCAAACGCAGCCGGAUAAAGUGCUCCGCCAACUGGAUGAGACGAAACGGCGCACGGUUUCCGCAAUUAAGCAGUGAACUCUUGUUGUUUAUCUCGACUCUCGACCAUGUCAU